UAAACAAUCACAUAAGAAGAGUACGUGUUGGCCUUGAUAACCUUAGUGUCUUAUAUAAAAUCCCAUUUUUACGAAGUGGAACUGCAAUUCGUGAAAAAGGUUGAAUGAGAAGGUAAAGACAUGAAGUUAUUAGUGUGUCUCUCAAUUAUUAUCGCCACUGUGUAUGCACAUGGUAGUGGAGGCUACAGUCAUGGAGGUUUUAAUAGCGGAGGCUAUGGUCAUGGAGGAUACAGUCACGGAGGAGGCGGAUACGGAGGCCAUCACAAAGAUGUUGAACAUGUAGUUUCAUAUGGAGGUGGACACCACGAUGGGUACGGUUCGCAUCAUGACGAUGUUCAUCAGGUUGUUGAAACUGGUCAUGGUUAUGGUGGGCAUCAUGAUACUCAUGUUGUCGAAACUAGUCACGGUUACGGUGGGCUUCAUGAUGCUCAUGUUGUCGAGACUGGUCACGGUUAUGGUGGACUUCAUGGUUCUCAUGAUGUUCAUCAAGUUGUAGAAUCCGGUCACGGUUACGGUGGGCUUCAUGAUACUCAUGUUGUCGAAACUGGUCACGGUUAUGGUGGGCUUCAUGAUACUCAUAAUGUUCACCAAGUUGUAGAAACUAGCCACGGACACCAUGAUGAUGUUCAUGGUGCUGUUGAAAAUGUUUUUGGUGGACGUACUAAUGGUCACGAUAGUGUUAGCGUACAUCGGGAAGUAGUAGAAACUACUGGAUAUGGCGGACAUCGAGAUGGACAUGCUGCAAACAUAGGAUCUGGCUACAACAGUGGGCAUAAUGUCGAAGUAGUCGAAAGCACACACACUAGUGGCCGCUACGGAUCUGGUCAACAUGUUGUCGCCCAAAAACCUCACCAGGAUACUUACGUCGAGGAAACGGUAGAAACUGUACGCAGACAACCAUCACGCACUGUGUACACUAGUGGCCAACACGAAACUGGUCAAGCAGUUUUCGAAGACUCUGAUGAAGUUGUUGGGGGACAUAGCAGUGGGCAUCGCGUUAAAGUAGUAGAAACCACACACACCAGUGGCCGCUAUGGAUCUGGCCAACAAGUUGUGGCUCAAAAACCCCACCAAGAUGUUUCGGGUUACGUCCAAGAAACAGUACAAACUGUACGCAGACAACCAUCACGUACUGUAUACACCAGUGGCCAACAUCAAACCGGUCAAACAGUUUACGAAGAUUCUGAUGAAGUGAACGGAGGAGCAUCUAGAAUCGUCCAAUCCACAAAAUAUGUAAGAAAACCAGUACAAACAGGACAACAAGUUUUUGAUGAGGAAGACUCUGGCGAGGCAGUGCAUACUGGAAGUUCUCGUAUCAUUAAAACCACCGUAACCAAACACACUAGCUCAUAUGGCAGAAAUAAUGACCAGUUUUAGAUGUAGUGCUGAAAAUCAAAUAUAUUAUUUGUAAAUAAAUUAUAAAAAAUUUCAAAAAUAA